AGGUCAAGUACAGACCAGACGACUGGAAGUCUCCUUCUGUUUUCUUUGACAGUCAUAUCUUCACUGGACCUGCCCACCGUGAAUUUGCUAUUCUCUGAACACAGAGAGGACAAAGUUUCCAACACAGAGACGUCAGAGCCAGAAAAACCAUUUUUCUCCAUCGGAAGGAAUUAGUUCAGGCAGCUUUCCCAGAAAGAACCUUUUGAAAUCACAUGGAUUCUGCAAGAGGUCAGUUCAGGAAGACCCCACACACCAGAGCGUCCGAGCUGAGAAUCAUUCUGGUGGGCAAAUCUGGAACAGGAAAAAGUGCCACCGGAAACAGCAUCCUGGCGAGGAGAGAGUUUGAGUCCAUGCUGAGCACCCAGAGUGUCACCAAGACCUGCAGAUGGAGCCUGGGCAGCUGGGCAGGGAGAGAGGUGGCCAUCGUGGACACCCCAGGUGUGUUUUCUGCACAGGACCGCUCAGAGCUCCCGCACACAGAGGUGCAGAGGUGCUAUGAGCUCUCGGCGCCAGGGCCCCAUGUGCUGCUCCUGGUGGCCCAGCUGGGCAGGUUCACCAGCCAGGACCAGCAGGCCGCACAGAGGGUCAUGGAGAUCUUCGGGGAGGACGCCCUGGCACACACCAUCCUCCUCUUCACCCACAAGGAAGACCUGGGGGGAGGCUCCUUCACGGACUACAUCCGACACUCAGACAACAGAGCCCUGAGCGCCCUGGUGGCAGCCUGUGGGGGCCGUGUCUGUGCCUUCAAUAACAGAGCCACGGGGAGAGAAAGAGAGGGCCAGGUGGCAGAGCUCAUGGACAUGAUCCAGAGGCUGGUGACAGAGAAGGGCGGGGAGCCUUAUACCAACCAGCUGUACAGCCUGGUGGCGGGGUCCAAAGAUGGGCCACCGGAGGGGUUCGAGGCCAGUCUCAGCCAGUACAUGGAGACUCAGAGAAGACGCAUGUCAGGAGCAAGCUGCCUACAGAGAGCCCUGGCUAAUGGUUUGCAGUGCAGCUGCUGGCGCCUGGCACAAGCACUCAUCUCACCGAGAGACAGGAGCCUGCAGCACAUCCUCACCACCCGCUUGGGUCCACCACCAUGAACCCCAACCUGACCAUGUCCCCCACCCCACCCCUCUCCCUGUCCUCCUCCCCAGACCCCUUUGGUUUGGUGCAAUCCACUAACCCAGCCCAUGUUUUAGUUCAUGUUUCCAUUUUUUGUUUCUGUUUCUUAACCUCUGCCCAUAACUGAGGUCAACCCAUAGUCCCUCUUCUCUUUCUUUCUGUCUUCUCUCACUUCACAUGAUUCCUUCAAGCUCCAUCCAAGACGAGGUGAAGAAGCUGACGACAGCAUUUUUUAUAGCUGAGUAGUAUUCUAUGGUGUAUAUAGGGCAGGUGAAUUGGCCCUGUGGCAGUGCUCUGGGCUCCCAGUGUGUAUAUGUGACUGUCAGAGAAAUGCAAAUAAAGACAACAAGAGGCCACUCCACUCCUGUGAGAAUGUCACACAUCAGUGCUGGGGAAUUAUACAGAUGCAGUCACAUCUGCCAGGCUGUCCCCUCGGGUUCUGCCAUUUCCCAGGAGAGUUAUAUGGUAUUCUCAAGUGCCUUUCCCAGGCUGUCCCCUCAGGCUUUGCCACUUCCCAAGAUAUUCUCACAGUGCCUUUUUCAACCAAUCCUGUCCCGACACGUCACUCCUGGUUGUUGCCCUAUAAAGCCUUCCUUCCCCCCCCCCCCCUCUCUCUCUCUCUCUCUCUCCCAGUUUUUUACCUGAGUGAUGGAAGGGUGGUGCACGUAGUGGGGGACAGCCAUUUUUGGCUAGCUCCACGUGGCCUGAACCACUGCGCUCUGACCCAACCCUGAGGUGCCUGCGCGAAUAAAGGAUUGCGUUCCCUCUC